AUGUUGACAUGUGAUUAUCCUGUCCCUCCGAAUCGGUACAAUAAGAGGAUGGAGGAGCAUUUACGAUUUACUGGUUUUUACCAUGUGGCUCAGAUUGGAGUAGUCAAAUGUCAGAAAGCACUGGUAAAUGCUCUAGACGAAAGGUGGCACCCAAACACUCAUAUCUUUUACUUUCCGGUUGGUAAAUGUGACGUGACACUAGAAGACGUGGCUAUGAUUCUCGGUCUUCCGACGGACGGUCUUCCAGUCACAGGGAUGACUCUGAAUAGUUUUAAAACCUUAGAGGCGGAGUGUCUGCACCAAUUUGAGGUUGCACCAAAAAAGUCAGACCGUAGAGGAAGCUGCAUAAAACUGACGUUGCUACGGGAUUUAAAAGAACGGUUACAGUUGACUGAUGAAAAUAGUAUACAUGUGUACGUGAAGUGCCACAUUAUGUUGUUGAUCGGUACGAUCUUGUUUGGAGACAAGUCCGGGGCAUCUGUGCACUGGAAGUUCCUGCCUCUGCUUCGUGAUUUUGCUAGUAUUGGACAAUACAGUUGGGGAUCAGCAUGCAUAGAACACCUGUACAGGGCGUUAUGCAGGGCAUCACGUUUUGACUGUAAAAAAAUUGAUGGUCCGCUAACACUUCUACUUGGUUGGGCUUGGAUUCGCCUACCAUAUCUAGCACCGGCUCCUAGGGAAUCCCGCAGUUUUUCGCUUGCAAACAGUCAUAUUAAGUGGUGUAACUGGGAGCGUGGAGACCGAGUCUAUAGAUAUCUUAAGCUUGCUCACCUUAGGAAAGCCUUGGAUGAUCUUCAGGAAGGCCAGUUUGUGUGGGUUUCAUCUGCUGUUGAUUGCGUUGAUACGAACAUAAUUCCUGCAGACAUCUACAUGCACUUGGUUGUGUGGAGUGCAACGGUGCCAUUGGUGUCUUUUGAAUGUAUUGAAUGGCAUGCAACCGAUAGGUUUAGACGACAGUUUGAUUUCGUUCAGGGAGUUCCUCAUCAGGAACGGAAUCUAGACAAGGCACACGGAGAAGUCUUGACUGGUCCUAAGAAUCUUAACUGGGACACAGCCACGACUCAUUUAUUUUGGGUGAUGCAGUGGACAAACAGGUAUAAUCACGUUCUUACUGAGCUUCCCAUGGCUCCACAGCAUCCCUUAGAUAUUUACAGGUACUGGUACCAUUCAAAAUAUGGCUAUCACUUGAACUUGUCGGAUCUUGUUGUUCAAGAGGAUGUUGAGGGUAAUUAG